AGCCAGUCUCUCGUUUGUUUCUUCUCCACACCCGGCUACCUUUUCCUCAUGAGCACAUCAUCACCAUCUUCCCAACCUUGGAGGAAGAUGAGGAGGCUCUGCAUGUGAGAAGAAUCGUAGAGAGAAGGGGAGAAGAGGAGCAACAGGGUGGUUCGAAGCGAUCAAGAGGAGGUUUCCUGUUUCUUCAUGCUGGAGAAAGGGGUCCUCACUCCCAGCAUCAUCAACAGCAGUCAUGUGAGAGGAGCCCUCAGCACGCAGAGGAUGACCAGUUCAAGCUGAAGUAGAUCUGUUCCCUGCCUACUGCAGCAGCCCUCCUUUCUCACAUGACGACGAGAAGAUGACUAUCACCAGUCGACAGUCACUCAUCUUCCUUCUUCUGUCCACUGCAGCGCUCUCCGCUCAUUACCGAGUGUGCGAGCCCUAUUCUGACCACAAGGGGCGCUACCACUUCGGCUUCCACUGCCCCCGCCUGUCAGACAACAAGACCUACAUGUUCUGCUGCCACCACAACAACACCGCCUUCAAGUACUGCUGCAACGACACCGAGUUCCAGAUGGUCAUGCAGAUCAACCUCACCACCAGCGCUGAUGGCUAUUCACACAAUAAUUACACAGCCCUGGUGGGAGUGUGGAUCUACGGCUUCUUCGUCAUGGUCCUGCUGGCUCUGGACUUCCUCUAUUACUCUGCAAUGAAUUACGAGCUGUGCCGGGUCUACUUGGAGAAGUGGGGUCUGGGGGGCCGCUGGCUAAAGAAGGCGCGCAGUCAGUGGCACAGGGCCAUGGAGGAGGAGAGCCAAGCACAGGCCCAGGCUCAGCCCAUGAUGGCGGGCCACUACCAGCCCAGACACAGCCUGCGAGGGGAGAGGCACAGCCCCACGUUGCUGCCCUACAACACAUCCACCGCAUGAGCAGUAGAACACGCUGUUUCCUUCCAUGGUACAGAGGAAACACCUUCCUACAUUUAGCCUGCCUACAUGGAGUCUUUCGCAAGGACCUCGGCCCUCAGCAACCCCUUCUGAUGAGCACAAAGCACAGAGGGACUGACAGCAGGACAACAAUAACAAAGCAGUGAGUGACUGACACACCUAAGAAGCCCCUAAUGGCUGUCAGGACAUGGAGUGAAGUGGAGUGGAAUACCCCUCCCAUCCCUACUGUAAACAACUGGAUGAACUUAAAGCGGGCUCUGAAAUGUUUAUAAGACUGGUGUGACAGUUUGUGUUGCGUAGCAGUUAGACACACUUCUUCUGUAUUUACUGGUUUAUUUAUGUGAGCUGGUCGUUAGCGUUUGGGAACACGUGGAGCAGUUAGCUUGAUGCUGAGCAUCUAUCUCACGUAGACUAGAGAAGCCUUUUGUCGGCGACACUAUCUUAUGUGCUUGGAGUCUCCACGCCAGUGCUUUCUCGAUAUCGUAAGAUGUGUUUAUUUUAAAGGAGGUGAGCUAUUUCAGCGAGGGAUCAGGGAUACCAGAGCAUCACCUUACCAUUUGGGACAGGUUGCCAUGGUAACCUCCCCUCAUGUUCCUGUAGCAAUACACAAAUUGACAUCAUACAAUCAAGAAGUCCUAUGAUGCGUUGAGUGAUCAUCAAGUGCUUAAAUGAAGAAAAACAAUAAGCAAUAAUAUACAGUAGCUUACAGUAAAGGAUGACAAGGUGUCACGAUGCACUGGGUACUGACUCUUCUCCUGAGAACUUGGAACGAGUCUGUACAAAAACAGCUUUUUUUAUUAAUGAUUUUGUGAAAUUAAUUUGUACUAGCAAAAACCAAGUAGUACAAAGCAAAGCCUUUUCCAAUAAGAAAUAAUCCAGCUAAACCAAUCCAGACAUUUAAAAGUUGUAGCAUAAAACCAAUUUAAUGUCGAAUCAUUAUAGAUUACAUGCAAAAAAACAAUGCUAUAUGAACAUUUAACAUCCUUAUUUACAUUUAUUGAAGACUCUUGUUGCAAGGGGAGAGAUACUUUUGCUACAAGUCCUUUCAUGAAUUCAAUAGUUUUUCUCACCUUAUUUAUAAAAGUACUGGAACUUGCAAUUUUCUGUGGCCCCAUGGUGGAGUACGUUGGACUCCUACUGAAUUAAAAAAAGCACAGUCAACAGUUGGGAUUCUUUGUUUGGGGACUUUAUUUUAUGGGUGUGAAUCUUAAAACAACUCGGUUUUUGAGGUAAUGAUUGUAUUCAGAAUUGAUUCUCGUUUCAGCAGAAUUCUCAAUUCAUACAGAGUUUUGUAAUAUAUUAUUUUAUAUGCAAAUUAUUGUAAAACUUUUCACAACAGGUUGCAAAAGCUCCUUUUACACUGCAAUUUAGUUGCCACUUGCCAAGAUUUAACAUUUUUAGAGCUAUCAUUGACUAAUCUUAAUUUUAGCAUGAAUAAUUAAAAAUGUUUCCAUUGUUUAAAAAUUUUAGAAUUAAGUAAAAAAAACUUUUAAAAUAAGAUAUUGUGGUUUUCCCCACAUACAUAGAAGAUUAAGAAUUACAAGUUGAGUAAUGCUGGUUUUCAAAAUGAAUUACACAUUUUUAGCUGAAAAGGCCUGCUCAUUUCUAGAUAUACUGUACAUAUCUUAAUUUAGGAUGCCUUAUCAAGUAAAAUUAUGUAUCCAUGCAGCUAGUUAAUUUCACUAGUUUUUAGUAAUUAUUUGCUAAAAUUUAGUCUUUUUAUCUUUUAUUUCUACAGCUCUUGCAGCGUGGCUGCUGACGUAUACGCUGAGAUGGCACAUGAAACAUCUUUUUAAAAAUGCAUUUAAAAAUUAUUGUACGGUGGCAGAGGGGUUACUGCGUCUGCCUCACAAUACGAAGGUCCUGAGUAGUCCUGGGUUCAAUCCCGGGCUUGGGAUCUUUCUGUGUGGAGUUUGCAUGUCCUCCCCGUGACUGCGUGGGUUCCCUCCGGGUACUCCGGCUUCCUCCCACCUCCAAAAGACAUGCACCUGGGGAUAGGUUGAUUGGCAACACUAAAUUGGACCUAGUGCGUGUAUGUGAGUGUGAAUGUUGUCUGUCUAUCUGUGUUGGCCCUGUGAUGAGGUGGCGACUUGUCCAGGGUGUACCCCGCCUUCUGCCCGUUUGUAGCUGAGAUAGGCUCCAGCGACCCCCGCGACCCGAAGGGAAUAAGCGGUAGAAAAUGGAUGGAUGUAUUUUUUUUUUUACAUAAAUUUUUUUAAAGAUAUGAAUCAAUUUAUAAUUGGAAUAAGUAAGAAUCACGAUUUGGAUGUGAAUCUCUUAUGCAGGCAAACCGACUAGUUGUUACGUAAAAUGUUUGGUCCUACAAAAACCAAGACAGUAUACAACACCUUGGCAAAAUGUUAACAAAAACUGUCAAAAUUUUGAAAACGGAGUCAGACAAAAGCGGACGUACGACUGUAAUGACAAAAUGUAUGGAGGAAAAAAACUAACUUGUGACAUUAGCAUAUGUACUUAUGUACGUUAGUUUUCUUUUAAUAUAGUACUAUUAUAAUAAUUUAUUGUAUUCAUAGACACCUUUCUAAACAGUCAAGCUACCAAAUAAUUUAAAUGACAUUAUUAUUACACUAUGAAUAUACUACAAUAAUACAUGAAUAUUAUUAAUUUAAUUAAAACAUUACAAUAAAAAUAAAAAGUAGUUCACUUUUUGUACAAUUUCCAGUAAAAUUCUCAUGGGAACACGAAGGUAACAUCAUAUAUCAUGCAAAGCAUUACCCAUGAUGUUGUAUGUAAAUCCUCCAUAAAAUAUACAACAUAUUUAUCGAUCCUCAGUGUCAGCUCUACAAACGUACAUUUUAUGCCCUUAUAUGGAAAUGUAACGCUUAUGUUAAAAUGUACGUUUUACAGAAUGAUAGCUACUUGCUAAAAAAAGGGACAGAUCAGUUGCGUUUCCAGCCAGCAGUUCAGUGCGGCACCAUCACGGCAUGAUACGGGUUCAGAUCCCUGAUCAUCUUGCGUAUCCACUGUGAGGCCAGCCAAGUCGGGAUGGCAUUAGGGUAAAGAUCAUCUUGUUGCAGCGUAACCUUGUCUAAAAGGACAACGCGACAGCACAAUGCUGUGAUUUGACUUUGUUUGUAAACCAGAAAUAUAUAAGGGGGUCCCAAUCUGAUAUUGAUAUCGGAUAUUUGAGAUAUCAGCAAAAAAAAACAGUAGAGACUUAAGCUCCGAUACAAGCAGUCCAGUUCACUUGUGUAAAGCUGGACGCCAGUUAACAUCUAAAUGUCCUCCAAUACGCACACAAAGUUAGUAAUUUUUGGUAUCGUAUUGAAGUAAUUUACAAAAACAUAAACAUGGUAAGCUAUAGGCUACUAUGAGCUAGCAGCUACACAAGAACUACCGUAAUUUCCGGACUAUAGAGCGCACCGCAGAGAAUACAUUUUAGAAUUUCUGAAACCUAAACAAAACAAAAAGAAUGCAUAUUAGCUAAUGCUAACAACGCUAAGUUGAUUACAUUACAAUAGCACGUACAAAUAUGCAUGAAAACACUCCUACAGACAUCACACAUGGGACGGUUUAGUAAGUGUGAAUUAUUUUAGCUAUGUUGUAAAACUUGCAAACGUGGAAACCAUACGAGUAGAACCGCUAUGGACGACUGGGAGACGGAAUGGCACUUCCGAUCGAGAGCACUACACAGAAGGAAAUACUGGAGACCUUUCCCCGGCAGCGCCUGUAGUGAGCAAACUUGUUCAAAAGAUGGCGCCAUAGCACAAACAAUAACACACCAUUUUAGUGCCUGUUGAAAACUGUUUGUUGAAUACAAAACAUGAUGGCCGUUAGCAAAUAAAAAUCCAUAAACUAGCCGCCUAUAGUCCAAAUUUUAUGGUAAGCACUGUGUCCUUAAUUGAACAAUAUUGCAGUCGACAACACAUCUGUCGAUAUAAACAAGUAUCGAAUAACUAUCGUUGCAUAUUACUUGUCUAGUAACAAACGUUUCCACAUCAUUACUGCGUCAUGAGCUUGAUUUAUUGAAACCAGUAGGGGUCGCCAAAAACUCUCAAAGUAUACAUUUUCAUACCUAUAAUUUUUAACUGACUAAUUUUACUUGAUCAAACCUUCUCUAACAUUGCACACUACAGAAUAAUACAAGUAUGGACUGUGAGUGACGCUGAUAUUGUAUCGGCCAAUAUGGGAUCUGAUAUGUGAUCGGGACUGCAAAUGUUAUAUCCCGAGAAAUAAAUUGUUUUAGAAGUAAAUCACGUUGCUUUAAGGCAAGCGAACUGUAUCGUACUGAACCAAACUGUGCCGUUUGGGGGAAAUAAGCCCUUUUGUUUGCUAGUAUGCUGCCCUCUACUGGCCUGGGGGCUGAUUUGCUUUGCAGAGAGCUGAUUUUUUAUGUGUGUCGUGAGUUCGAAUGAAUGUAUGCUACAGACCACGAAAGUAGGUCACGCUGUGUCAUCAUGGCAACCGCAGAGAUGCUGUUCUCCUUACUAUUAUGCAUCAUUUUUCAAACCUUUUUUUGACUUUUAGGUUAAACGACAACAUAUCGCUGCGAUAAGUCGCACAAAUUCCAGCGCCCCCCUUGCCUUCCCUCCCGCUGUCUUGGCCAUAUCUGCAAUAAUAUUAGCAUUUCAUUCCCUGUGGAGACACUCACGUUUAAUUGGAUGGCCGGCCGCCGUGUGCUUUCAGGGGCACGGGAAGACAAUUUAUCCAGGAGAAAUAAUUGGCCCCAGGGAGAUCAACAGUGCUUUUAAUUCACGCUCUGCUGCUCCUCCGUGUGUGCAGUCGCCGCCUUAUUCCCACUUAUUCCCACUCGCUGACCAACCAGGCAGUUUUUGUGUGUGUGAUUCAUCGCACAGCAGCAGCUCAAAGGGGAUUUAAUUAGUAGGUUUGCCAAAUCGACCAAGUUACAUUCCAGAAUCCUCAUCUUGUCAUUCUGCUAAACAUUUAUUUCUUUUUAAUGUUUAGUUUUGUCUGAAGCAGCGCGGCCUGACACGACGUGACACUGUGCCAUCCUCCACACACAACAAAAGGGAUGUGGAGCACACAACUGUUGCAGUCUCUCCACCUGUUGUCAUGGUAACAGUUGAACAGCCACCUGUAGACACACACACACAGGGAAGCUUGGUAGUAGUCAGAAGAUACCUCACUGUUUUCAGGGUGCGGUGGUACUGGUGUAAGUUAAGAAUAUUUACUACGACUGUAGAUAGAGUGUCGCGUAACCGUUCUCAGUUGGAUCGUUUAUUGCACUUGUUGACUUUGUAUCGUCACAACAGGGAGAAAUAAAGUUUUAUCUUUUUUUCCA